AGAGAGAGAGAGAGAGAGAGAGAGAGAGAGAGAGAGAGAGAGAAUUGGAAGAAGCCAUGCAGAGAGUGAAGCAGCCCAGCGACGAUGCUUGAUGAACUGAACCGCUGACCACGAGAAACUCUUUCUUCCACUUUGAGUGAUCUCCAGAGGGACCACGGAAUCAGACAGGACAGUCCAGAGGAGGAAGACAUCAACUCAUCCUCCCAGCUGACGGGCAACAAAAAAGAGAAAACCCAGCACGGGACGUGGAAAAGAAAAGAUAAGAGAGGUGGAGAAAGAGGACAGUUCUACAAAUGUCAGUUAAAGCAGAGAGGCAGAGGGAGAUGCUCAGAGGGACCAGAUAGUGAAGAGAAAAGUCAAACAAGUAGCAGGUGUGCCCACAAGGACUCCUGUAACGAAAAGAAAAAAGAAAAAGAAGGGGCAACGCACCAGAGUGGUCCAGUUAAAAAGCCGUCACAAGUCAAGCAGUGAAGGAAAGAGCAGAUAGAGUGCAGAGGGACUGAGCUAUAGAGAAGGAUGGCCAACUCAGGUCUCCAGUUGUUGGGUUACUUUCUGGCGUUGGGCGGCUGGAUCGGCAUCAUCUCCACCACCGCCUUGCCGCAGUGGAAGCAGUCGUCGUACGCCGGCGAUGCCAUCAUCACAGCAGUGGGUCUGUACGAGGGGCUGUGGAUGAGCUGUGCCUCGCAGAGUACCGGACAGGUGCAGUGCAAGAUCUUUGACUCCAUGCUCUCGCUGGACAUCCACAUCCAGACUUGCCGGGCCCUCAUGGUGGUGUCGGUGCUGCUGGGCUUUAUCGGCAUCAUCGUCAGCGUGGUGGGCAUGAAGUGCACUAAGGUGGGAGACAACAAUCCGGCCACCAAGACCCGCAUCGCUGUGACCGGAGGAGCUCUCUUCCUGCUUGCAGGUCUAUGCACACUGGUGUCUGUGUCCUGGUAUGCCACUCAGGUGUCCUAUCAGUUCUUCAACCCAAAUACGCCGCCCAACGCCAGGUAUGAAUUCGGCUCGGCCCUGUUCGUGGGCUGGGCAGCAGCCAGUCUGACGGUUCUGGGCGGCUCCUUGCUGUGCUGCUCCUGCUCCAAAGACGACAUGCGAGGGCAACAAUAUUACCGCCAAUCACAGCCUUCCACAGCCAGGGAGGCAGAGUUGUUGAGUGAAACUAGUUUUCCUGACUGAUCAGCCCCCGCCUUUUUAUCGAGGACUGUCCGACUGUCCAUCCUCUUGUCUCCCCUCCUUCUGUUUUCCCUUUAUGACCCCAAAUUUGACCCCAGUUUCUCAGUACUACACCUGCACCUUAUCAUUUUUAUUGGGAACCAAGAUGUACUGUCUCCUCCUAUUCUGCCCCACCUUCUGAGCCUUUUCUGUAAAUAUGGACUCAUGCAGGAUAUGUGAUCAGACUCUUUCUUUAUCACACCACCCACAUGCCCCAUUAGUUCCCAAUUAUUGGCCCAAAAGUUAACAAUGAGUUGAAACGCAUGGGUUUUGUUGUGCUGAUUUUAUGAUUUGACUUAUAUCCUAUGACCUCUGGGUGUUGUUGUAAAUGUGUCUUUUGGGUUUAUUUUGUUCUCUGUGACUGUACUUUGACUGAAACAUGUCUUUUUUUCCCUUUUGAAUUGCAGACCAAAUGUUAAAAGUACCCCACCAGAGAAAAGGGAGCAGUACUUGUAGUUUGGGAGAGUCUUCUGGCCUUACCAUGGUUUAGAUUCUGUCAACAGACAAAACCCUCUCACUGGGGAAUUCAAAACAGACAAGAAAGAAUUUAUAACCUUCCAAGCACAUUUCCAACACAAAUUAGUAGUCUUUGUUGUAGUUAAAGAAAUGUUUGGGGAGGUUUCUAUGAAUAUGAUGUUUUAGGGGGAUCGAGAAAAAUGAUAUCUCUCUCUUGUCUGUGUUGUUGACUUUGGGAGAGACAGUCAUUCAGGGUAUGUUUUCUAUAACAUGUUAAAAUGCCCGGGUGUAUAUACCACCUACUCUAUUCUUUUUUUAUUUUUAUUUUUACUACAUAUAUAAUGUUUUACUACAGUGCCUUAUAACACGUUUGUGCACAUGUAUGUUCUCGACUACAUGGAUUCUCUAUAGUCUCCCGUCUGAGGGAUCCACAGUUCCUCUGCCAGCAGUUCUGUCUGCCUUUUUUCUAUUGUUGGAUUUCCGAAAAAUGAAUGUGAAGCUACUCUGCAGUACCACUUAUAAAACAACAAAGACAUACAUACACGAUAGAUCUUCUGAAUAAUGUCUUACGCCACGGUUUGUAGGAAGCCGUGUGCUUGUUUCCUAGUAACCUGGAUUGAGGAUAUACCAAGUACAUUAAUUUUGUUUUGUUAAGUGCCAAUAUGAUUUUGUGUGAAUGACAGAGUCGCUGUAUUAUUGGCUCUAAAGGAUGUACUGUACUGUGUGCUGUCUCCUGUACUAAGGAAUGCCAGUUUGCUGAGUGUUCAAAUGCCCCUCUGAUGCCUGCAUUUAUUUACCAUGCCAUUCCUGUCUCUAAUAUUUACCUCCUCCAUGUUGUGUAUCAUCUCAUUUACAGUAUACCCCUUGUCUGUUUCUUUUAGAAUGAAGUAAACAGAGACAUAAAAAUGGA